AUGUGGUGUGACAGUCUCGUGGAGUCAGACAUGGAGGGACAUCAACAUCAACGCCGCGCACACCAGCCCUCAAACGGUUCAAGCUCUCCCAUGCACCUCUUUGGCUGGAUGAGGAGGCCUGGAGUGGAGACUGAGCGGGCCGAGAGGGCCGAGAGAGUCGCCCCCCACCAGACACCCCCAGCGGCACCUGCUGUGGCUCUGACCCUCCCAAACAGGGCUCUCAUCCGCGAGCUGCUCUGGCACCUGGAGCAGAGGGAGAGCCUGCUCCGCGAGGAGGCCUGGCACCUGUACCUGUCACGGGGAGGACCUCAGCAGGAGUGCCACCGCCACCGCCACCACCACCACCACCCUCCACUCCCUCCUCCUCCCCCACCCCACGCCACGCCGCGCCCGCUGAUGCCCGUCUCCGAGAGGAGGCAGUUGGAGCGGCUGUGUGCCCGCGUGCCGCCCUCUCACACGGCCGCCGUGCUGUCCAGGUUCCGUGAGGUGCUGUCCACCAAUGAGUUCCUGCCGUGGGAGCUGGUGUGCGUGUUCAAACAGGUCUUGAGGGACUUCCUGGUCCGGGAGGAGGGGACAGGGAGUGUGUCGACACGGCCGUCACCACCACCAACACGAUCGCGCCCACCACCACCACCACCUCCUCAUCCUCCACAUCCCCAUACCCAUUCACAUCCACCUCCACCAUCAUCAUCUCACUCACCCACAGUACAAGGAGGAGCAGCAGGAUCAAGACCACCUUCCUUAUGCCACUCAGCGGACUACCGGCUCAGUGAUGCCCCAUUGGGAGACACAUCAACGUCCACCUCCAGUCCAACAAUGAGGGGCCGGGCCGAGGCGGGUGGAGGAAAGCGGCAUCAUCGUCGGGAGGAGAUUCCCACCAUCUCCAGCUACGUGGACCGGCACCUGGGGGGCUCCUCCGGCUGCCCCAAUGCUGCCGUCAUGCAGCGGGACUGGAGCCUGCCUUACUGCUACUCGUUCCCCCAUGACCACCCUGGGGCUUGUAAUGGUACUACACUUUAGCUGUCCUUCUCAAAGGGAGGUGGAUAUGGGCUGGAUUGAGAUGGAUCAAGGAAA